AUGGCUUCAACAAACUUUAGGAGCUCAUUCGCACUUUUACCCUCUCAGCAAAAUCCCACUUUAUCCUCUCUUACCUGGUCUCCCCACUCCCAGAUUCACCGGAAACGGGUAUCCCUUGUCUCUCACAAAAGAACUCGCCGGAGGCCACGGCGGAAACUAGUUGGGGGAAAGGAUAUGUCUGUUGCAGUCACCAUGCCCCCGCCGUCUCACCGGCGUGACAAAAGCCAGGACUCGUUUUUGGAUUCUACAAAUAGUGCUGGUGAAGGAGAAAUGUUAACAGCAGAAGUAGAAGGAGAGACCGUUUCGACCAGUAAAGAUGUUUUGCAUAAAAGCAGAUAUCUUCGUAGCAGAAUAUGUUUCGGUGUGGACUUGUCACCAGAUAAUAUUGCAGUAUCAAUGGUGUAUUUUGUUCAAGGUGUAUUGGGCCUGGCCAGGCUCGCCGUUAGUUUUUACUUGAAAGAUGAUUUGCAUUUAGAUCCUGCAGAGACAGCUGUGAUAUCCGGUUUUUCUGCAUUGCCUUGGCUUAUCAAACCUCUUUAUGGAUUUAUUAGUGAUUCCAUUCCACUCUUUGGUUAUCGAAGAAGGUCAUACUUGGUUCUUUCAGGACUUCUUGGUGCACUUUCUUGGAGUUUGAUGUCGACCUUUGUUGAUAGCAAAUACAGUGCUGCCUUCUGCAUACUUCUUGGAUCACUUUCUGUUGCCUUCUCAGACGUUGUUGUGGAUUCGAUGGUGGUAGAGAGGGCUCGUGGUGAGUCACAGAGCAUGUCAGGAUCUCUUCAGUCUUUAUGUUGGGGGUCGUCAGCUUUUGGUGGGAUUGUGAGCUCUUACUUUAGUGGCUCUCUGGUGGAAGUAUAUGGUGUAAGGUUUGUUUUUGGUGUUACGGCAUUGCUACCUCUGAUAACAUCUGCAGUUGCUGUUCUUGUGAAAGAACAGCGUGUGCUUGGUCCGACAAGUGGACUGAAUCUGGCUCUGACUGGUCCUGGUUUUCUGGAAACCUCAAAGCAGCAUAUUACUCAGUUGUGGGAUGCUGUUAAGCAGCCCAAUGUGUUUCUUCCCACAUUAUUUAUUUUCCUGUGGCAGGCAACACCGCAAUCAGACUCUGCCAUGUUUUAUUUCACCACAAAUAAACUUGGUUUCACUCCAGAAUUUCUUGGACGUGUCAAGCUUGUUACUUCAGUUGCAUCAUUGCUUGGGGUUGGACUGUAUAAUGGCUUUUUGAAAAAUGUUCCUCUGCGCAAGAUCUUUGUUGCUACUACUGUAACUGGUACAGCUCUUGGGAUGACUCAGGUUUUCCUUGUUACUGGUUUAAACAGAAAGCUUGGGAUAAGCGAUGAGUGGUUUGCUAUUGGGGAUUCUUUGAUUCUAACAGUUCUUGGUCAGGCUUCUUUCAUGCCAGUUCUUGUGCUAGCGGCUAAGUUAUGUCCAGAGGGCAUGGAAGCGACACUUUUUGCAACCCUUAUGUCCAUUUCAAAUGGAGGGAGUGUUCUUGGCGGGUUGAUUGGUGCUGGUCUGACUCAGUUAUUUGGAGUCACAAAGGACAAUUUCGACAACUUGGCCUUUUUGAUUAUUCUCUGCAAUCUCAGCUCAUUGCUUCCGUUGCCACUUCUAGGCCUCCUACCCAAUGAUACAUCCGAUGCCAUUUCGAAGGACAGUAGAGAUAUCGAGACGAAGUCUAAUUGA